CGACUGCAGAUAAUCAUUAUGUCUGGAAGAGGCAAAGGCGGUAAAGGACUGGGAAAAGGAGGCGCUAAGCGUCAUCGCAAAGUACUUCGUGAUAACAUCCAGGGAAUCACUAAACCCGCCAUCCGUCGUCUUGCUCGCCGUGGUGGAGUCAAGCGUAUCUCUGGUCUGAUCUACGAGGAGACCCGCGGUGUGCUCAAGGUGUUCCUUGAGAACGUGAUCCGUGACGCCGUCACCUACACUGAGCACGCCAAGAGGAAGACCGUGACCGCCAUGGAUGUGGUGUACGCGUUGAAACGACAGGGACGCACUCUGUACGGCUUCGGCGGUUAAACCUCUACGAUCAGUUUAUGAACCAAAGGCUCUUUUAAGAGCCACCCACAUUGUCAUGAAAGAGGCAUUUGACUUGCUUGAUAUCAGAUUUUAUGGAAAAUCUUUAUUUUGUCAAAUAUAGACUUCCUUUUAAA